AAAAAUUCAAAAAUAUUCCCUUUUCUCUCAAUCAAAGAUCUUCUAAUUACAGCACAUGCGGACUAAACACAAUGUGUGCGUGCGCCUGUGCUGAAAUUUGCAUCAAGUAUAGUAAACGAUACUCGUAAAAAUAUUUAAACACUACAUUUACUCGAAAAAUCAAAUUUGAAACAUUGGAAAUUUUAAAUUAAAACUUAAAGUUAAUACAGUGAAUAAGGGAAAAUAAGAAAGAAAGGGGAAGCAAUUUUUAUCAAAGUUAAAAUGUAGGUGACUUAGAUAAACGUAUGUAGACAAGUCACACUAGUGGAAAUAUUGAUCCUGCUCGAGUCUGCUUUCCUUAUGGUCUGUUGUCAAAACAUUUUUCUUUUUUUCGUCAAGUGCGUCAAAAAGCACAAAUUCAAAUUUUAAUUUCAAAAUUAAAAAAUCAAAAAAAAAAAAAAAAAUUCAAAAUUAAUCGUAUCGAAGAAAAUAUUUUUUUUUUGUCUAAAUUAAUUAUUAUUAAAAGAAAAAGUUAACAGCUGUUCGAAUAAUGAUUUUCGAAAAAUACUUCUUUUAAAAAACGAGUCAAUAUAUUCCAGUCAGGAUUUUAGUUUUUCAAAAAGAAUCCACUGCUGACAAUAUGGUACAAAAUCGGCAAUUGCACCUGAAAUUUAUUCCCUCGAGAUGACAUCUGAUAAUCGGCAGAAAAUUUUUGCAAUCCAUUGAUGAAGAGAAGAGAGACUUGAGGAAAUGAAGAAAUUGGAAUGAUAAGUUCGUGAUAAAGAGUCACGUGUGAAAACGUCAAACUGGAGCUACUGUGUAAAAUGCCGUUGCCGAACAUCCUGAGGAAGGCGAGUAGCUACAUCCUGGGCGAUGGCUGUCAGGAUUCUCGCCGGGUGAUGUACCAGGAUGGUGAGGCACUUUUUUGCAAAAAUAAUGUCUGCGUUCAUCCGCCAACAUUAAUGAGACAGCAUUGUGAUAUUGUGCAUCAUCCCGGCUACAUGACACUGAUAUGCAAAGUAAAUAAAAAUUCAAAUGUACCAACUUUACAUCUCAGCUGGAUUCCAAAUAGUACACUAAGAAAGUAUCCCACCACUCUUGAGAAUAUUGUGAAAAAUCGGGAAAAUUUAAAGGACGCAAGUUCAUCGCAAAUUACUGGUGUUGAGGAGGAGAGAGUCGACGUUUGUUUGGAGGUGAAAGAGCAGGUGAAUUGUGGAGAUUGCGAGCGCAUUUGUUCGGGAGGAAAUUCAACACCAAAAGUGGAGAAUCAGGAGGGACAGGAAACAUUGCCUAAGACAUCGGAGAACUCGGAUUGUCCGGAUUCGAACGGAGAGACUGCGUCCAAACAAGAGAAUAGUCCAGUGGGAGUGAAUAAUGAUAAUUUUCAAGAAAACGAUGCCAUCAGUCUCAGUAAAUUAAUAACCGAAUCCAAGGACGAGAAGAACGAUGGUUUACUCCGACAGGGAGUAUUCGAGCAAAAUGGCAAAAAUAUUAUCGACGAAGAGCCUCGAUUUUUGUACAGUGAUAAUGCCAGUAUCAAGAGUCGGAGUCUGUCCCUCACGUCAAAUUGCAGUUUAUUUGUCAGUAUUUCAAACGACGAAGAAAUACCAGCUUGGAUGAGAACACCGGAGUUGUUGGCCCUUCAGCACAAUUUAACUUUUCCGGAAAGUGCAACAGCCUCACCAGUGACUCUACGAAGAGCCCAUCGUUGCAGAAGAUUUUCCGUCGAUCUGAGCGAAAUGAGAUCGCUGCGAUUAUUUUUUGCCGAUCCAGGUUGCACGAGUGGACAACUUGUUGUCGCGAGUAGAGAAAGUCAAUAUAAAAUUCUUCAUUUUCAUCAUGGAGGUCUAGAUAGAUUAGCAACAACUCUACACCAAUGGCACCAGCUUCUUUAUCCCAGGUUGGAUGCCGAGGCUGAGGAAAUCCUUCCCUACAGACAUUUCAUGGUGUGUCGACCAGAAGUGAGUCGAGACGAACUCCAUCCGGAGGAGGGACAAGUGCCAAUGAUCACCUCAUUAGCGUGGAAGGAUUUACUGAACGAAAGGGGACAAGUGGAGGACGACUUGGCUCUGCGAAAGGGAAUAUUCUUCGGGGGUUUGGAGCCUGCCUUACGAAAAUUAGUGUGGCCUUUCCUCUUGCACUGUUAUUCGUAUCAAAGUACUUACGAGGAUCGCGAACAAAUUGACGCGAUAAGACAUCAGGAGUACGAGGAGAUUGAACGUCGGAGACGGAACAUGGGACCCGAGGAUCGCGAACGAUUCUGGAGAAACGUCGUCUGCAUUGUUGAGAAAGACGUCGUCAGAACUGAUCGAGCAAAUCCCUAUUACGCCGGUGAAGAUAAUCCCAAUAUUGAAGUAAUGAAGAACAUUCUUCUCAAUUAUGCCGUCUACAAUGCACCAUUGGGUUACACGCAGGGAAUGUCGGAUCUUUUAUCACCUCUCUUAGCGGAAUUAAACUCCGAAAUCGACGCCUUUUGGUGUUUCGCCGGAUUAAUGCAAAGAUCAGUAGCAGUUUGCACACCAACCGACACCGAUAUGGACAGAAACUUGAGCUACCUCAGAGAAUUGAUACGAAUAAUGGUUCCUGAUUUUUAUUCACAUCUACAGAAGCACAGUGACGCUUUGGAAUUGCUAUUUUGCCAUCGAUGGGUUCUAUUAUGCCUAAAACGUGAAUUCCCGACGGAAAUGGCACUUGUCAUGUGGGAAGCAUGUUGGGUGAAUUAUCUAACGGAUCACUUUCACUUGUUCCUUUGCCUGGCGAUAAUGUGCGUCUACGCCGACGACGUAAUAGCUCAAGAUUUACGAACCGACGAAAUGCUAUUGCACUUUAGUUCACUAGCAAUGUACAUGGAUGGGAUUGUAAUUCUCCGAAAAGCUCGAGGAUUACUUCAUCACUUUAGACAGCUUGAUAGGUUGCCCUGCACUCUGGCCGGCCUAUGCAGACAAUGUGGUCCCGGAAUGUGGGACAGUAGUCAUGACCCAGUAAUCGAGUGCGUAGGACAUCCCGAAGAAACAUGUCCAUUCGCUGACAACUACGAGUAGAAAAAAACGAGAAAAACAAAAAAAGAGACCUAAUAACAACAAAAAAGAAACAUUAAUCAGGGACUAUUUAUUUUCUCGAAAUUCAAAUUUAAGGAAAUUAAUGUCAAUAAUAAAAAAAUUCAAGGUUGCCACAGGUCAGGGAAAAGUCAGGGAUUUUUAUUAAAAGUACUGGAAAAAAUUAAAUUUUUUGAAAUUCAUAAGAAAAUUAUGAAUUUUUAGUGUCUUUUAUGUUUGACACAUAAACUAUGAAACUACCACGAAUUUUAAUACAAAACCUUCAAAAAUUUUUUCUAUUUUUCACCAGAAUGAAUUUUUUUAAUAUUUAAUUAUUUCAAAAGUUUUAAAGCAA